AUGCCCACCGAAGCCGAUAAGAUACACAAAAGAAUGACCGGCAAGAACCUCGGAACUCGCGACACCAGCAACGACCCCAGAACCUCAAGAUCGCAGCCGGAAACAAUGGCCUCAGCAUUAUCAUCAAAUAUCCGGCGCUCAGCCAGCACGCUGUCAUCCGCGACAAUCAGAAUCUCAGCUCGCAAUGCGGCACCAGCCGCCGCUUUCCAGCGGUCUUACAUCUCCGCACCGACAAGAGCACUGGCUGCCACGACACGAGUUUCGCUCAAUUCCUCGGUGAGCGCAUGCAAAGUCCCCAAGAAGGCUUUCUCGAAUGGCAAGAAAGCCCAGAUCCAAAAGCGGUCGUAUAGCGACGAUGCCAGUCCACGAUUCUGGGAAUUCGACGAGAUAAACGCCUCCCUCCCAUCCACCUCAGGAAGUCCCACAACAACCCCCAAAAUCAAGCUAGUCGACGUCCGCGAACCAGCCGAACUAAGCGGAACAGGCAUAAUCCCAUCGGCAGUGAACAUCCCGCUAGCCUCGCAAGCGGACGCGCUAUUUCUUACACCGGACGAAUUCGAGACCCGGUUUGGAUUUGAGAAGCCUGUCGCUGGGGAGGGCGAGACGAUUGUUUUCUAUUGUAAGGCUGGGGUGCGGGCUAAGACUGCGGCGCAGAUGGCUGUGCAGGCAGGGUAUGAUCCCAAGGCUGUGGGUGUUUAUUUGGGGUCUUGGUUGGAUUGGGCUGGGAAUGGAGGUCGGGUUGAGCGGUGGGAGGGUGAUGAUUAG